UCUUAUUUAUAAAUCAUACAACUCAUGAUAUAUAUACUUCAGCUAUGGCUACAUGUCUCCAGAUAUGCAGUGGACGGAGAAUUUUCGAUCAAAUCUGAUGUUUUCGUCUUUGGGGUGCUUUUGUUAGAGAUAUUAAGUGGCAAGAAAAAUAGGGGUUUUAGACAUCCAGAUCACUACCAGAACGUUCUAGGACAUGCAUGGUUGCUAUGGAAGAAAGACAGGGCAUUAGAGCUAAGAUGUAUUCAGUUGGGUUUACUAUGUGUUCAAAAGUUCCCAAAAGACAGGCCAGUAAUGUCUUGGGUUGUAUCGAUGCUGGUAAAUGAGAAAGACGAAUUGCCUGAACCUAAACAACCUGGUUUCUUCAUAGAAAGAAGUUUCAAUGAUGGGGAUGCAAAAUCAAAAAGAGAAGAAUCUCUUUCAGAAAAUGCAGUAACCUUAAGUGUGCAGGAUGGAAGAUAGAAAUGUAGCAGUAACUUUUGUGUUGAAGACAAUGACCUGUUGCACUAUGUAUAAUAAUAGUAAAUAUUUCAGCAUUUACUUGGCAGCUAUGUGAAUUAGCUAAAAUACUUUUUUAUUCCAUUUUUCUGAAUUGUGUAUCAUAGAUAUUAUUUUUUAAAAAAGAUUUUGUUACUAUCUGUUAGGAUUAAAUAUUAUGAACAAACCAAGUCUAACUUGAUUUGUCCAAUAAUAAUUUUAGACCAAGUUUGGUGGUGGUUGGGUUUCAAAUCUGUGAUUUUUUAGACCAUUUGGUUGGAUUUCUUGGUGGUUUUUGGACUAUCAAUUUUCAAGUGUACAAAGGCGUUGCAAUUUGAGAAUAAAAAAAAUUAUUG